AUGAAGCGCACAAUAUUACUUGCCUCCAUUUCUGUAGCACUGACAUGGAACCGAUGCAACGCCCUCAUCAACCGCAAAGCCCUCGUCUCUCGAUUCAACCCAACACGUAACGCCUCGAGUCUCACCACACCGAUGCAAGUGGGCAACGGGAACUUCGCCUUCGGCGCAGACGUAACAGGCCUGCAGACAUUCCAGCCCUUUGGCAUCCUUUCCUCGUGGGGGUGGAAGAACGACAGCCUUCCGCUGGGUGUUACACAAGCCGACGUGGACGAUUACAAGGGCGUGAGCUGGCUGAACCACGGACGGCCUGUACAAUACGACUUCGGAGGGGGAAAUCCAAUUGAGCAGUGGCUCAUUUCGAAUCCAAACCGCGUCAACCUUGGGCGCAUUGGCCUCCAGUUUAUGGACGCCGAAGGAAAUAUCCUAACCAAUGUGACGGAGAAUGAUCUUAGAAAAGUUUCCCAGAAGCUCGAUUUAUGGACUGGUAUCAUCAGCAGCAGCUUCGAAUUGGAAGGUGCCAAAGUAUUGGUAGAGGUAGCAUGCGCGCAGGAUACAGAUGUUGUUGGCAUACGUAUUACCUCGGGUCUAGUAAAGGACGGGAGGCUCGGUAUGUUUCUUGAUUUCCCAUGGAACGACGGGUCAUCCAAGUUCAGCGCGCCGUUUGUUGGGAAUUGGAGUGUACCAGAGAAGCAUACAUCCGUGUUAACCGUUUCGUCCAGCAAGAUAUACGAGCCUGGAAAGGUCCAAGCGGAAAUCACACACGAGAUGGAUGGGAACUCGUUCUUUACGUCGCUCGCCGGAGAUGACAUGAAAGUAACGAGGCUAUCACCGAGCACACAUCGGUAUAUUGUGCGGCCAUCCAAAUCCCAAUCGAAUGUAUUUUCCAUUGCGGUGGCCUUUGGGAAUGCCACUGCAAUUAACGGUGCUAUUUCAUCACCAUCCGAUAUUUUUGAAUCGUCAAGGGACACCUGGCAAGGUUACUGGUUAAAUCAUGGCUUUGUAGAUGUGUUAACAGGUUCUUCUGAUUCUCGAGCACCCGAGUUACAGAGAAGAAUAAUUUUAUCAAGGUAUUUGAUGAAAGUGAACGAAGCAGGAAGUACGCCACCACAAGAGUCAGGUCUAACAAACAAUGGAUGGGUGAGUUUCCUGAAGAUGUAUUUCUGGCAUAGUAUACAUUGGGCGCUUUGGUCAAACUGGGAUCUGCUAUCGCGCUCGAACGACAUAUACUCGCGUUUUCUGCGAAGCUCUAUCCAACGCGCUCAAAUCCAACAAGGCUGGCCAGCCGGCGCCAGAUGGCCAAAGAUGACGGACCCAAGCGGCAGAUCCGCACCGGGAGAAAUAAACAACCUGCUCAUAUGGGAACAGCCGCAUCCGCUCGUGUUUGCAGAGUAUGAGUACCGAGCAUUUCCAACCGCGGCCACAUUGCAAAAGUGGGAAGACGUCGUGAAAGAAACAGCAGAUUGGAUGGCGGCGUUUGCGUGGUGGAAUGAGACCAGCGGGGUGUAUGAUAUUGGACCACCCAUGUACAUCGUCAGCGAGGAUACCAGUCCAAACGUUACCAGAAACGCAGCGUUCGAGCUUUCAUACUGGCGAUUCGGCCUAGGAUUAGCUGAGACGUGGAUGCAGAAGCUAGGAAAAGAAGUGCCGGUGCAAUGGACAAAUGUCCGAAAUAAACUUGCAAAACUUCCUUCCAGCAAUGGGACAUACGACGUAUAUGAAGGGAUCGAGCCCGACUUCUGGACAGACCCAGCUUUCACAAGUAACCAUCCUGCACUUGUUGGACUCCACGGCUGGCUCCCACCAACACAGGGCUUGGACAUUAACAUGGCUAAGGCAACUGCUGAGAAGGUGUGGGCGUCAUGGAAUGCAACUGACUUUUGGGGAUGGGACUUCCCAAUGCUAGCCAUGUCCGCGGCCAGAAACGGAAAUCCCGACAAGGCUAUCGACUGGCUUUUGAGUCCUUUAUUCACUUUCGACGACGUCGGUAUGCCAGGGGGUGGUGUUCAAGUACCGACACCGUAUUUUCCAGGAGCAGGAGCCUUACUUCUCGCAGUAGCUAUGAUGAGUGCAGGCUGGGAUGGAAGUACUGCGCAUGCUCCAGGAUUUCCAGAAGAUGGUUGGAAAGUUGAAUAUGAAGGUAUAAGUAAAGCUUUGUGA